UAAAGUUCGUGAAUUCUUCCUUCUUUCAUGACUCAGCCUGUCAUUAUGUAUCCUUACAAUGAAAAUCAGAUAAAUAUCGACGAUUAUGUGCUUAUUAAUAAAAAGGUUUUAAAAUUUGUUGGCCUUUAUCCAACAAAUAUCGUGAGAUACAUCGUGUGCUGUGUGUGUAUGUUUACCAUCAUUAUACCGCAAACAGUACAAAUUUAUCAAGAUUGGCAAGACUUGGCUAUCGUACUGGAAACAAGUUCAGUGUUGCUCACUAUUUUACUCGCUAUACUAAAAUCGUUGAUUUGGAUGUACAACAGAGGGAAAAUGGAUCCAUUUAUAGAUUAUAUGUUAACAGAUUAUUGGAGAAUAAUGACGACACAGAUUACGAAAUACGCAGAUGUAUAUGCAACAUAUGCCAGAAAGCUUACUAAAGGAUAUGUAUUUUUAAUUUGCAAUUCUUUACUAUUUUUCUUUAGUCUACCUCUAAUUGAAAUAUUUAUUACAACGCUCGCUGGAUUUAAUGAUAACAGUACAAAACAUUUUCCAUUCUUAGCUUUAUAUCCUAAGUCUUACUAUAACUUUCCGAUAUAUGAGAUUGUUUAUCUGUCGCAAAUGGUAGCAACGAGCUUAUGCGGUCUUAUUAUCCUGGGAACCGACACCCUAAUUGCAACAGCGUUGUUUCAUACAUGUGGUCAAUUCAAAAUACUUCAAGAAAAGAUAAAAAAUAUUACCGCUAAAGUUAUCUUCGUGCAACAUACACAUAGUGAAGAAAAUUCUGUACAAAAAGUCAAAUUACAAAUAACACAUAUUAUCAAACAUCAUUAUACAAUUCUUCGGUUUUGUGAUUACAUGGAAAUGGUUUUUAGUCCGAUGCUAUUUCUGCAAACGUUGGCUAGCAGUCUCAUAAUCUGUCUAGUAGGUCUUCAGGUUACAACUGCAAGUAUUACACAAAUUUCCUUGAAAAUUUGUCAUUAUAUUGCCAAUCUUUACAUGGAAUUUUUCUAGUAGGAAUUAGCAGAAAAAUCUAAACUGAUUAAAUAUUUCUCAUACUUGAUAAUGGCACUUUUUCAAUUAUUACUUUUUUGUAUUCCCGGUGACAUCCUAAUAAAUGAGGUAUGAAGCAAAAUAGCAAAAUCGAAUACAAAGACAAAUUCUUUAUACAUAUUUUACCUAUAUGACAGAGUUUGGCGAUCAAUAAAACUCUGUAUUCAACCAAUUGGUAUAAAUUGCCAGUUUCUUUUAAAAACGAGUUAUGUCUGCUCAUGUUGCGUAGUCAGAAACCAAGUAAAAUUACCGCAGGAAAAUUCUACAUAAUGCAUUUGGAGAAUUUCAACUCAGUAAGAAUACUACAUAUACAUAUAUACCUCACUUAUUAUAAAACCGUGAGAUACACACAAUAUCCGAAUUUUAAUUUACAGGUGUUAAGCAAUGCUCUUUCAUACUUUAUGUUACUGCGAAGUGUCAGCUUAAAAGAAAACAACAUUGAGUCAUAAUAAAAUAAAAUCAUAAAUGUGUGAAUAAGAGAGAAAAAUCUGAUAUUAAAAAAGAGGAAUAUUAAAAUAUAUAAUAACGAUUAAAAACCCAAUGUGGGAACUUCAAUGAUCUCACGUUUGGUACGCCGUUGCGCGUAAUCGUCCACGCAAGAUCUUGCAUUAUGUG